GAAUUCCGUCGCGUUUUCAUUCCGAAGUCAGUACACUGCUCAGAACGACCAGUCUCAGUACGACGUCCAUCUGAUACGUACACGAAAAUGUCGUAUUUGAAACCAGCGGAGCUAUAUGAAAAUGGAUCCUCGUAUUCAGAUAUAGAUAGAUCUUCCAACGUCAAGGAAAUAGCUGAAAAGAGCACAAGCCGGCCGGAGAUCUCACGUAUGACUCCGUCGCCAGGGUAUACAUCGUCAACAGCCGAGGAGCAGCACCCAGAAGAAGACGAACGAUCUCGUCUCAUCAAUAUUCAAAAUGCCAUUACAAACGGCAGCAUAAAGGAACAGCAAUAUGAGAACAUCUAA